AUGCCCGCCGACACGUACGCAGCGCCGCCCUCCAUCCGUGCAGCGCCGCCCUCCAUCCGUGCCGCGCCGCCCUCCAUACAUGCAGCGCCGCCUUCCAUACAUGCCGCGCCGCCCUCGACCGACGCCGCGCCGCCCUCCAUCCACGCCGCGGCCUCGCUCGCCGACAUUCACGCGGGCCUCGCGCAGCUGCACCACCGCGAGGCCGCCGUCACCCAGCGGCUCAACGCCCUGGUCGCCUCGCAGCAGGACCUCUCGCGCGAGCUCGCGCGGCUCGACCUGCUGCGCGCCCACCUCGGCACCCAGGCCGUCGCCGCCCGCGCAAUCAGCAAUGGCAUGCUCGGCGACGCCGCCUCGACGGCCACGCGCAUCUCGCGCGCCGUGAACCGCCUGGACCGCGAGCAGGCCAACGUCAAGGCCACCCUGCACCUGGUCGAGCAGGUGGCCGACCUCAAGGCCUGCGUGCUGGGCGUCCACGGCUCCAUGGGCGCCCCGCAGGACUGGGAGACGGCCGCCGCGUACCUGCACCGCGCCGCGAGCAUCCCGCCCGACGUCGUCGACGGCGCCUUUGCCGAGCACAUUGUGCCGACCGCCGACGUGCCCGACCCGCCGCGCGCCACCCUCGAUGCCGCCGCCGCCUCGCUGUGCACGCUGUUCCUGCGCGAGUUCGACAGGGCCGCGCAGGCCGGCGACGGCCCCAACGUCACGCGCUUCUUCAAGCUGUUCCCCCUGGUCGGCCGGGCAGACACGGGCUUGGACGCCUACGGCCGCUACGUCUGCACAGGCGUCGCCCAGCGAGCGCGCUCCAACUUCCACUCGGCCGCCCCGGCCCAGCGCGCAGAGGGCCCCUUUUACGCCAACGUCCUCACCAAGCUCUUCGAGCACAUCGCCCAGAUCGUCGACGGCCACGAGCCCCUCGUCGAGCAGCACUACGGCCCCGGCAUGAUGGCCAAGGUCAUUGAGCGCCUGCAGGUCGAAGCCGACGUCCAGGGAGGCAUCGUCCUCGACACGUGGCACGAAGAGCGCAACAUUGACCGCACACUGACCCAGGUCAAGUCGUACCCCUUUUCCUUCCUCGUGCAGAGCUAUCUCCACGCCCAGCAACCGUCCACCGCCACGCCGCGCUCGGGCUCGCCUGCGGGACUUGUCGCUCGCGCAAGCGAAGACGAAGGCGUCGACAUCAAGGACGUCGACGGCCUGCUUGGAGAAAGCGCGCUGAUGCUCGCCCGCUAUGCCCUGUACUCACGCUUCAUCGCCGACAAGUGCGCCUCUUCGCAGCCAAAAGACCGCGUCGACCAUGGUCUGGCCAUGCCGCGCUUUCUGGCGGACAGCAAUCUGCAGAGCAAGAUCAGCAGCCAUCUCGUCCAGCCCUUCAAUGCCAUGACCAUUUUCUUCUUCCGUCGAUCUGUCGAGAAGGCGUUCCAGCUCGACGAGUCUCCGCCUGAUCUCACGCUGAACCCCAACAAGCCGCUCGGUUCAAGCCCGCCAUUCGUCACCUCGGCUGUUGACGAUGUCAUGUACAUUGUCAACCAGGUCUGUCAGCGGUCUCUGGCCACGUCCCAGCGCGCCGUGGUGGCCGAAGUGGUCCCCGGCGUGAGUAGCGUGCUAGGGACAGACUUCAUCGGCAUGACCCAGCGCAAAAUGCGUGAUGAAAGCUACCCCAAACCCGUCAGGGCUGGUGAGCUGCCACCAGAGACCAAGGUCAUUGCGUUUACCAUACUCAUCAACAAUCUCGACACGGCAAACGACUACAUCAAACGCAUAGUCGAGCAGCAGCUGGGCCGCCAGAACCCGGAAACGGCAAAGUCGCCGCUGCAAGACCUGUUUCCGUUUGGCCAUGAUUGCGUCUUCGUCGAGACCAAGUUGAAAGGCUUGGAGUCUGCGUUUGUAUCGAAGAGCACAGAGCUGCUGAACGACGGCAUCACAGUCCUCUUCGCAAACGUCCUCAAGCCGCGCAUCCGGCCCAUCCUCGCCGAAGCGUUCCGCGACAUUGACUACGCGCCGCCCGAAGACGGCAACGAAAUCGUCGACGACGGCGACGACGGCGGCGGCGACGGCGAAGACGGCGACGCAGACCUGGUCAAGUCGCGCUUCGACCGCGGCUGGGGCGUCGUGAUCCGCCCGCUCAAGCGCAUCCUCACAGCAGCCAACUUUGACCGUCUGCUCGCCCAGGCGCUCAGCUACCUCGCGACUGCACUCGAGAAGCGCAUCAAGCAAUACUACGGGCGCGUCAACGAGCUUGGCGCCGUCAGGCUGGAGCGCGACAUCUCGGGCAUCGUCACAGCGGCCGUCGCCGGCGGCAAGUACGGCUUGCGCGACGCCUUCACAAAGUGCACACAGAUGACGCUCAUCAUGAACAUGGAGGACGACGAGUGGAACGAGGUUGCCCACGAGGAGAGCGGCGACGGCAUUCCCUGGGUCAUGAGCGCCGAGGAAAGGCAAAGGAUCAGGGCCAUUCAUUACUCAAACCAGAAACAUGAACCGUUCUCUGCUGGAAUCCACAACCUCUCCUUUGCGCGGCCGAUACGGUCGUGCCGUACAUUCAUUUCGCAGGAUGUCGAGAGUGAGAUUGAGCGCAUGAGAACCGUCAUCACAGAUCCUGACCUCUUCCGCCUGUUCGAGAACACCUGGCCCAGCACUCUGGACACCACGAUUGCAUGGCGUGGCUGGUCAAAUGCCACCACCGAAGAGACGGUACUCGGCACCGAGAAAGAGGGACCUCAGGAACUCACCUUUGUCAUCACGGGAGACAUCUAUGCCAUCCUGCUCAAACCAGACGCCGGCUUCAACAGCCUGGCAGGUCUUUUCCGCGGUGCCAUCAACCUCCAGGCGCGCUACAUUCUCGAAAGCCCGUUCUGCAACGCCUUCCAGGCCCCGGACGAGAGCGGUGUGCUUAGGACGAGCUCCAUGAACAGCGACCGCAUCACGCCUCCCUUCGACUACUUCAAGGUCUUCUCGUGCCAGUGGGAGCUCGAUUCGGUCGCGAGCUUUCUGCAGCUGAGCAACGACUAUGCCGCGGCCACGGGUGAUUACGACUUCUUCCAAAACGGCAACUGGACCAGGGCCGUGGACACCAUCUUGCAAACGGCCGAGAGUAUGACGAUGGACUCGUACGAUGAUCUCGGGAACUGGCAGCGCACUCCUUACACGUAUUGCGCUCCAUACGGGGGUACGCCCAUCAACGACUGCGCUGGCUCGCCGCACAAGGGCAACAUCGGACUGAUCCGUAGCUACCAUCGUCCCAGCGACGAUUCAUGCACAUACCAAUACCUCAUCCCCUCCAAUAUGAUGUUCAGCGCCGCCCUAAACUCGUCCUCGCACAUCAUGGCCCGCAUCGCGCCGCUCUCCGACAAUCUCAAUCUCACAGCCUGGAUGCGGCGCAUGUCCACCAGCAUACGCAGCGGGAUCGAGACGCACGGCAUCGUGCACGACGCCCAAUUCGGCCGCAUCUACGCAUACGAAGUCGACGGCUACGGCAGCGCCAACGUAAUGGACGACCCCAACGUCCCCUCGCUGCUCUCCGCCCCGUUCCUCGCCUACGUCCCCCGCGACGAUGCCGUGUACGCCAACACGCGCCGCAAGAUCCUAUCCCGAUCAAAUCCGUACUACGCGUGGGGUCCCGUGCUGACGGGCAUUGGGUCGCCGCACACGCUUCCGGGCAAGCCGUGGCCGAUGGCGAACAUCAUGGCCAUUUUGACAAGCGACGACGAUGCCGAGAUUGUGCAGAAUCUGCGCAUGUUGGUCCGCAGCACGGAUGGCUAUGGCCUGAUGCAUGAGAGUGUUAGUGCGCAGGCCCAGGACGUGUGGAGCAGGCAGUGGUUCAGCUGGGCCAACGGGCUGUUUGGGCAGGCUGUGCUCGACCUCGAGAAGAGGAAGCCGUGGCUGCUGAAGCAGAGUUAUCAGUGA